CUGUUUCCUAAGAGGAAGAAGUCCGACAGACCAUGUGACACUUUCUUCAUAAAUACCAAACCAGGAAAGCAUUAGCCAGACCAGGUUGAACGCGGAAGGCGCGAUGACUGAUCAAGGCCUGAUGUUGGGGAGCCUGCUGCUCAUCUCCCUGUUUGUCGGGGCAGCAGCCACGUUUGACAGCAGACUGGACCUCCACUGGGAGCUGUGGAAGAAGACGCACGACAAGAAGUACAAAAAUGAUGCGGAGGAUGACCAACGCAGGGAUUUGUGGGAGAAGAACCUGAUGCUUAUUAGCCAGCACAACCUUGAGGCCUCGAUGGGGCUUCAUACCUACGAAUUGGCCAUGAACCACAUGGGAGACCUGACACAAGAGGAGAUCUUGCAGUCGUUUGCCACACUCACUCCUCCCACUGACAUCCAGAGGGCGCCAUCUCUCUUCAAAGGAGCGUCAGGAGUCGACGUUCCAGACAGCAUGGACUGGAGAGAGAGGGGCUGUGUCACAAGCGUCAAGAUGCAGGGUGCCUGUGGCUCCUGCUGGGCCUUCAGUGCUGCAGGGGCCCUGGAGGGUCAGUUGGCCAAGACAACAGGGAAGUUGGUGGACCUCAGUCCUCAAAAUCUGGUGGACUGCUCCGGCAAAUAUGGCAACCACGGCUGUAACGGAGGCAUAAUGCACAAAGCCUUCCAAUACGUCAUUGACAACCAGGGCAUCGACUCUGACGCUUCAUACCCCUACACAGGACGUCAACAACAGUGCCGCUACGACCCCAAGUACCGUGCCGCCAACUGCUCCCGGUACAGCUUUCUGCCUGAAGGGGACGAGGGGGCACUGAAGGAGGCGAUCGCCACCAUCGGACCCAUUUCAGUCGCGAUUGAUGCCACACGGCCCAGAUUUACUUUCUACAGGAGCGGAGUGUAUGAUGACCCAUCCUGCUCCCAGGACGUGAACCACGGGGUGUUGGCUGUGGGCUACGGCACUCUGAACGGAAACGACUACUGGCUGAUAAAGAACAGCUGGGGAGCUAAAUUCGGGGAUAAGGGCUUCAUCCGAAUGGCACGCAACAAGAACGACCAGUGUGGCAUCGCUCUGUAUGGUUGCUAUCCAAUAAUGUAGCUGCAGAUGAGAUGUGAACUGAGUUUGUUGCAAAAUUAAUAAUGCAAAAUCCUUUACGUUCAUUUUUAUUCUAAAUUUUUAAAUACGAAAUUUUAAAGCAGCACUGCUGGUGCCUCUCUAUAAACUCAUAUCACGAGGUGAAAUUAGAUUUUUCUCUCUAUGUAAUCUUAGACUUUGUUUGUCUUGUAAGACUGUGUUCGUGUUUGUGUCAGAUUGUGUGUGUCUUUACUAAAGAGACAGAUGCACUCUUUGCUGAGGAUUAGGGAUACAUGGCAAGUUUGGAUUUGUCUGUUUACCAAUCAGUCCUAUGUCAACAUUUAAGUACAAAGAAGCUGCAAUGAAAGUGAGAAUCUGAUUUUACUAGUUUUAGGUUUGUCUGUUAAACCUGCCAUAAAAACUGUCUGAAAGGAUCCCAUUGACUCUUUGGGAAAUUGGCUUGUUGGUCAAUUUAGCUUUUACAUGUUACGACAGAAGGAAGGCUAAAAUCAAUACUAGUGUCUCUGGUAAAUAUCCUGUGAACAUGCUGAUGUGAUAGCAAACUUUGUACUAGCUGCCUGUAGGCAAGCAGCAUCGUCUUGUGUAAGAAGAAAAAUAUUUUUAGUAUGUUUUUAUUUUCUCUUAUCCAACAACUUUUCCACAGAGUCCAUAGAGAUCUUUUAAGGAAUAGUUCAGCAUUCGCUUGGUACGUGCAGAGUUGAGGGGAGGAGAUGGAACUAUACAGUCAGCAGCUAGCUGGUUAAGCUUAGAACUGAGAGCAGAAGCAGGGACGUCAGCCCAAGGGUAAAGAAAAAAUCUGCCUGUCCAAUGAAGUGUAAAAACAAGAAGUCAUGAUUUUAUUCCAAGUUAAGUGCUGGACCAUUUUUUGACUUGGUGCAGGGACCUUUAGAGGUUACCUUUGGAAAGCUGAUCAACUGCUUUGCUGUAGAUUUACCAUAGCAUACAGAUAUGAGCGUGGCAUUGAUAUUCUUACUUGACUCUCUGCACAAAAGUGAAUGAAAGUGUUUCCCGAAAUGUAGAGCUAUUGUUUGCAAAGCUGGCUUCAUAUCCAGGAAAGAAUAAAACUGGUGAAGCAUUUGAUUAAUUUUUAUUGGUUAAAUGUGGCCGCUUCCAGUCGUGGUCCAUCAUUAGAAACACUUAUUGCUUAGACAAGGAUGGUUCAACAUGAAAAUCUUCACAUAUUUGUUAUUUUUUUCAAAUGUGUAAGAUAUCCACUACCAUGUAAAAUCAAGUUUAUCUAAAACAUCUGCAUUAAUGAGAAAAUUAAACUAGAUCUAAGAUUUAAA